CUGCUGCACGCUGCGGCAUGUCGGCGCUCGCCGAGGCGGAGGCGGCAUGCGCGCCUUACGGGAACGAGCCCUCGCGCUGCGGCUUUGAGCUGUCGCGCUCGCUGCUGCUCGCUGUGCGCGAGUCGCGCGCGCACCGCCCCGACCUCGUCCUCAAGUUCGGGCAGUAUCUCUUGCGGUCGCACGCCGGCCGCCUCGGCGCCGAGGUCUGGGCUAUGUACGAGCAAGUCUACAUCGCGCUCCUGCACUAUGGCCGCCGCCCCCGCGCGGCCGGCAGCGGCGCAGAGGAGCCGUCGGAGGAGAUGCGGCUCGCCUCUGAGUACUACUCCCUGCUCGCGGCGCGCUUCCCCGACUCGAUGCGCGUCAAGCGGCUCGAGGGAAUGAUGUGGGAGGCCAAGGGGGAGUACGACAUGGCGAUGGCGGACUACGACGAGAUCCUGGAGGAGGAGCCGAACAACCUCGCCGCGCUCAAGCGGCAGGUGGCCCUUUUGCGCGCGCGCGGCAAGCCGGCCGAGGCUGCGAAGCGGCUCGCGGCGCAUCUCGAGGUCGUCGGGUCAGACGCCGACGGCUGGCUGCAGCUCUGCGACCUCUACCUCUCUCAGGCGCAGUACCAGCGCGCCAAGUUCUGCAUGGAGGAGCUGCUGCUUCUCAACCCCAUGGCGUACAUCCACCACCUGCGCUACGCAGAGAUCCUCCUCACCCUCGGCGGCAUCGACAAGGGCGGCAACGCGGACCUCGUGCGGACGGCGCGAAAGUACUUUGCGCACUCGCUCGACCUCAAGCCGAGGGGCAACCUGCGCGCGCUGUACGGGCUGCUCCUCUGCUGCGCCGCGGCGCCAAAGGGGCAAAAGACGGCCGCCGAGGUGGAGGAGCUCGGCGCGUGCGCGCAGAAGAAGCUGCUCGAGGAGUACGGCGAGGCCAAGGCGACGUCGAUGCUGGACACCGUCAAGGCGAUGUCCACCGCGCUGCUCAGCUGAGGCGCGCGGGGCCCUCUGCCAGCCGAGCCUGGCAGGCUCUCUGCUGUGUUCCGCUCAGCCGAGGCGCGCUCGUCGGCCCCCCUGUGGCUAGCGCCAGCCUCGGCCACGCGCUUGCUGCCACCUCGCCGUGCGAGCGACACGAGCGGGACUCGGCGGACGGCGCGUGGAGAAAGCAUCAGCUUACAGCUGUCGCACGGGUGCGGCCUCGGCCGCUCACUCCGCUUUGUGUAUUUCGCUCUUUGCGUACCCCAGCACCGAUGUGCAUCUGGGAGAAGUUUUUAUUUUCUGGGAUUUCAUUGUGCGU